AUGACUGUAAUAAAGACCGAACCUGCAGCUGAAUUGGCAUUGUACUCUCCUACAUCCAAAGAGUCUUUGAACAAUGAUGACACCGCAAAGAGGAAAGAAAAUAAUAAACAAUUUUCUCCAAGUACAAAUAGCCGCUCAAGUACAACAAAGCAUAAGGUUGUUCCCAAACUCCAGGAGAAGAAGAUGAAAGGCGGAGAUAAACAAGACCUUUCUGCAUUUCUGUUGAAUCCCUCCCUUAUUGUAAAACCUUCCGAGGGCAAAAAGAAAGAAAACACUGUGCCCGUUAACGACACACCCAAUGUUAAAACUGAGCCAACAGGAUUUCAGCUUUUAACGCCAAUUUCAAAAAAAAGAGCUCUAAAAGAAAAAACAACGUCAGGAAAAUAUGAAAAUUUUGGUUCUUCCACGGAGGAGAAAGCUUAUGCUCAGAAAAGAACUAAACAGCUCCCUUCAGAUGCAGCGACUAACCUCUCUGAAUUUCCGUUAAACGAUGAAAAUGCAUCCUCUCCAGCCAAGGAAAAGUCACAAGAAGCAAUCGAAAACCCCGGUAGUUACCAGAAAAUAAAGAAUUAUCUUUUCGACAAGCCAGAUCUUCUAGAAACCUGCCUUCAAGACUAUUCCAGUAUGUUACCAGCUGAUAUAGCAGAAGAUGAUCAAGAAUUCUUCGUCAGCGUGGCCGAUUCAACGUUGGAGGAGUGGACAAACAAGGGUCAAGAAAUUCUUGAUCAACAGUACCAGCUUUACCAAGAGGUAAUCAAGAAACGAAUAGAAUUAAGCUUUAAAUUCAAAGGUGUUAUUUCUGUAGUCAAUGAUAGGGCUGACGCCUUGGAAGAACAAGGUCAGAAGUUAGAGGAAAAAAUAAGGAAAAUUAAAAGCUUAGCCAAUGAGAUACUCAAUAUUAUAUAA